AAGAGCAGGCCCUGUAUGAAACCCAACCACUAUGAGCAGAGCAGGCUGUGCCCAUCGGUAACACAGGGGUGUGCAGAGAAGUGCUCCUUCGGCCCUCGCUGCCGCUUCCUCCACGACGUCGGUGCCUACAUGGCCACAAAGCCAGCAGACCUGGGCAGCAGCUGUGUGCUCUUCCAGACCUUUGGCAAGUGCACUUAUGGGGUCACCUGUCGCUUUGCCCAGGCCCACCUGGGCCAUGGCUACCAGAACCUGAUCAACACCGACCUGGCCAAGCAGUGGGAGGGGAGGUCGCUGGUGAGGAACAACCUCUCCAAGGAUCUCCAGCACCAGCUGCGCAAGAGGAGGUUUAGCUUCAGGAAGGCUGAGGAGUAUCUCCGUGCUCUGGCCAAGCCCCAUGGUGGUGGCAAGAAGGGAGGCAAAGCCACAGGGAGCUCUGUGGAAGGGCAAGAGGUGUCCAACUGCACAGCACCCCUGGGUGAUGGUCUCCAGUGCCCUGUGCUACCAGAGCAGGGAGAAGAGCCCAACCCAGGUGGCUUGCAGAGUCCUGACCCUGCAGGCGGUGAAGAGGUCUCCUCCAUCAAAACAAUAGGCCCAGUGACAGAUGAAGAUGUAAUAAAGCUGAGGUCCUGUGAGAAGAGGAAGCUGGAAAUCCAAGGCAAGCUCUACCUGGCUCCCCUGACCACGUGUGGGAACCUCCCUUUCCGAAGGAUAUGCAAAGGCUUUGGGGCUGAUGUCACCUGUGGAGAGAUGGCUGUGUGCACCAACCUGCUGCAGGGCCAGGCCUCCGAGUGGGCUCUCCUCAAAAGGCAUCACUCCGAGGACGUCUUUGGGGUGCAGCUGGAGGGAGCCUUUCCAGACACCAUGACCAAGUGUGCAGAGCUCCUGAACCAGACAAUUGAAGUGGACUUUGUGGACAUCAACGUCGGGUGUCCUAUUGACCUGGUCUACAAGAAGGGAGGAGGCUGUGCCCUCAUGACCAGAGCCAACAAGUUUGAGCAGAUCGUCCGAGGGAUGAACUCGGUGCUGGAUGUCCCACUGACUGUGAAGAUACGGACAGGGGUGCAGGAGAAGGUCAAUGUGGCUCACAAAAUCAUCCCCAGGAUCCGGGAAUGGGGAGCGGCCAUGGUCACGCUCCAUGGCCGCUCCAGGGAGCAGCGGUACACCAGGAGUGCAGACUGGGAGUACAUUGCUGAAUGUGCCAGAGCAGCAAGCCCCAUGCCUCUCUUUGGGAACGGAGAUAUUUUGUCUUACGAAGAUGCUAAUCGAGCCAUGCAGAUGGGGGUCGCAGGAAUUAUGAUUGCAAGAGGGGCACUCAUCAAACCCUGGCUUUUCACUGAAAUUAAGGAGCAGAGACAUUGGGACAUCUCCUCCAGCCAGAGGUUUGACAUCCUCAAAGACUUCACCAACUAUGGCCUUGAGCACUGGGGCUCAGACACUCAGGGAGUGGAGAAGACCAGGAAGUUCCUGCUGGAGUGGCUCUCCUUCCUGUGCAGGUACAUCCCAGUUGGUUUGUUGGAGCAGCUGCCUCAGAAGAUCAACGAGCGACCACCUUACUACCUGGGGAGGGACUACCUGGAGACACUGAUGGCCAGCCAGAAUGUGGAGGAUUGGAUCAAAAUAAGUGAACUGCUUCUGGGACCAGUUCCUACCGACUUCACCUUCUUGCCUAAACACAAAGCAAAUUCCUACAGAUAG